GGCUGGUUCCCACCAGGCUAGGUUAUACCCUGGACAUUAUAUGGUGAUCAGGCUGGUUCCAUUCCCCAUUCAAAGGGGUAGCUGUUCCAUUCCCCAGCUACCCCUUUGCUAGUCUUCUCUAUGCUGCAUGUUCAGCUACAAACUGGACAUCUCUCUAACAACGGCAACAGGCAGUAUUAGGAGGUGGUGUUGACUGGGAGGGCCUGUGACAGGGUGAUAUAAUAGACAGCCAAGUGGUAAAUUGCAUUUUGUUCUAAAGAAAGGACGAGGCUUUUGGCUAAUGCACUUCACAACCAAGAUGACUCUACUUGUUUUAUCUGCUUGGCUGGGGAAUUAACCUACUAGUUUAUAAAGCCGGGUAUUUUUAAAUACAACUUUUCACAUAGACUGAGUGACUCCAGGUUGGUUUGAGACCGGUGACGCUGUUACACUAUGCAACCAACUGUGACAUGUUUAGCUGUGGCCCAAGGUUGUUUUGGGUUUGUUGCAGCUAGUUAGUACGCUGCUGUAGUCAGACAUGAGUGAGCUAGUACCACCAAAAGCUGCAUCAAAUAUUUAUUUUUGGCCUCGACAUGGAAUGCACCUCGGAUGCUAAUGUGACUGUUUAUCUUCUUUUGAAAUGUCAUCGUGUUUCCAAGCUAAAUCCAAGUUGUAUUAAGGUAGGCUAACGUUAGGCAGAUUGCUCGCUGACAUCAGUUAUGACAGUGAUAAUGAUGAUCGAAGUAUACAUAACCGAAUCAAUAACCAUUCGUCUAUGGUCUAGCAACCACUUAUUCUGCACAGUGGGGUCCUUCAGCAAGGCAAACCAUAGUUGGCUGUGCAUCCUGCUGGAGGCAUGGUGAAUAGGGCUUUUCAGUCUCAAACAGCCAUGAUGAAAUGACAACGGAGCCCCAUUCAAUGAAGGGAAGAGAAGUGUGAGGAGGGGCGAUUUGAACUUGGAGAAAGGGGGGCAUGAUUUGCACUUGGAGAUUGGAGAAAGGGGGGCAUGAUUUGCACUUGGAGAUUGGAGAAAGAGGGGCAUGAUUUUCUGACAUAAUUAUAAUCUAAAUUUACUCAUUGUGACACACUGAGGUUCCAAACUGUUUUAGACCAGACUGACUUUAUGACCAAAAUUAUCCCAUUUACACUUUGUCGUCAAUUUUGACACGAUAAUAAAUGUUUCUGACUCAUAUUGAUGCCACAGGCCGUUUUUCAAAGGGAUUCAAUGUUUUUUUUAUUUUUUUUUAUGGGGCCAGUCGUUCUUUAAUGCUUGUUUGUACUUCCUCAAUUUUUAUCUCAUGUGGGCCCAAAGGUGAACUUGACUUGACACGUUUUGUCGACAGGCCACUUCUUUUACACAUGGUUUCCCAGCCUAUAAAUCUCAGGAGGAUCAGCAUCCUCUAUCUCACAUGAUGAUGAUGAUGAUGAAUUCUGACAGGAUGACACACAGUAGAAGUUUCAAACAAGAGGAGAGGGAAGUGAUGAUCUUUCUUGGGACAGAGUGACUGGAUACAGGAGUACAGGUGUUUCAGCAGUCUUUACAGGUAAGAGGGGACAUGGCCUUUAAAAUGCUCGGAGAAACAAAUCUAACAUUUGACAUUAUGGCAGCUAAGUGUAAUGGACAACUGCAAUUUCCCUGUCUAUUUUACAGGUUCUCCACAACGACAUAACGAUGACGGUCUCCUACACCCUAGAAGUGGCCAAUGCUAAGUUUGGAGGGUUUUCCAAGCUGCUCUUCAGGUGGAGGGGAAGCAUCUACAAGCUGUUGUAUAAAGAGUUCCUGGUGUUCUGUCUGCUGUACAGCUUCUUCAGUGUUUUCUACAGGUUCUUCCUCACUGAGAAACAACAGUUGUUGUUUGAAAAUGUAGCCCUUUACUGUGACCAGUUUACCAACUUUAUACCAAUGUCCUUUGUGCUGGGUUUCUAUGUAACCCUGGCGUUCAACCGUUGGUGGGGUCAGUACACCAGCUUCCCCCUGCCUGAUAACCUGAUGAUGGUGGUGUCAGGGAACGUCCACGGGCUCGACGAGAGGGGCCGGCUGCUCCGACGCACCCUCAUGAGAUAUGCUAACCUCUCCUCUGUCCUCAUCCUGCGAUCCAUCAGCACUAGAGUACGCAGAAGGUUCCCAACCCUGGAGCAGGUGGUGGAUGCAGGAUUUAUGACACCACUGGAGCAUCGCCAGCUGGAUGGUCUGUACUCUGACUUCAACAAGUACUGGAUGCCUCUGACGUGGUUCACUAACCUGGCAUCACGGGCCAGACAGGAGGGCCGGAUCAGAGACGACGUCGCUCUACGACUUCUCAUGGAUGAGCUGAAUAACUACAGAGGAAAGUGCAGCCUGCUGUUUCAUUAUGACUGGAUCAGUAUUCCUCUGGUCUACACUCAGGUAGUGACCCUGGCUGUGUACUCGUUCUUCGGCUUCUGUCUGAUCAGUCGGCAGUUCCUGAACCCUGAGAAGGGGUAUAAAGGUCACCAGCUGGAUUUGUACGUCCCCGUCUUCACCCUGCUUCAGUUCUUCUUCUAUGCAGGCUGGCUCAAGGUGGGGGAACUGAUCAUCAAUCCUUUUGGAGAGGACGAUGACGACUUUGAAACCAACCAACUAAUUGACCGAAAUAUUCAGGUGUCCAUGCUGGCUGUGGAUGACAUGCACCAGAACCUGCCCCCAACAGAGAAGGACAAGUUCUGGGUGGAGAGAUACUUCUCUGUCCCCUACUCUACUGGUACUGAGACCCUCAGACCUACCUUCAUGGGCUCAACAUAUGACAUAAGCUUUGAAUCUGGUCAGGCCGUCUCCAUGCCCUUCGUCUAUAAGGAUGAGUGUGGUGAUGUGGACAGGAAGAUGAAGGAUGUGUCUUUAGUGAGAGACAGACAGCUGAAGGUGUCUCAUCUUCAGACAGAACGAGGGGAGGGGCAGUUCAAGGUGGCUGUGGAACUCAUCCAAGCCAAUGACAAUGAGCAGAGCUCUUGUUGAAAGAUCUGUGCAACUCAUUUAUGGGUUUUGUUUAUUUUUGGGGGGAUAAUUCAUGCAUUUUCCAUGCACCUGUGUGUCAAUGAGUGAAAUGUGAGUGAAAUGUGUGAAAUGUGAAAUGUCUUCUACAAUCAUGUUUAGAUUGUUUGUUUGUAAUCCUGGUAAUCCUGGUUAUGUAAUCCUGGUAAUCCUGGUUAUUAAAAAAUGAUUUUGAAAAACAUUCAUUAGUCUUUUCAUAAAGAAUAUAAAAAACAAUAAAUUAAACAGCUGUGCCAGUGAUGCAUGACUUUUAACUUUGAAGCCUGAUUCCAUGAUAUAACACUGUAGAUUGAUUUCAAGAACUAAAUGAGUUUAUCUACAUAAAUGUGAUAUACUGUAGGUUGUGAACCAAUCUGCCAAGACUGACAUACGUAUGUAUGUAAGGAAUAAAGGUGUGACUGUUUUUCAUA